AGGACGAAUUUAGAAUAAACGAGUUUAAACGGAAAAUAUAAAUAAACGGCUGUAUGAAUAAAUUUAAAAAUUAAUGUAAUGACGUGCUUCUCGGUCAAAUGGAAAAAUUAAGAAACGAUUUGCACUUUACGUCCCGUAAGAUGGUUCGCACUACGGCAAUAACUGUCACCAGAGUAUUUUAUAGAAAUCGAAAGGCAAAGGAGGGGGGCAGCGUUCUGAAAUGCCGACUUGCGGGCGUGUGUGACAUUUUGAUGUAGUGUGUCUUCGAUAAUUUUCGUUAUGUAUCGAUUUAAUACAUAGAUAUUCGUGAUAAAUGGAGUUUACCGAAAAUAGUUCUAUGAACCCUGUAUAAGAUAGAAAGACAUGGAUGCUUCAGUGAUAGAAGUGCUUCAACAAGCAGGUAGUCAAGACCCAAAUAUUUUAAAACCUGCCGAGCGGACAUUGGAACAGUGGGAAACGCAGAGAGGAUUCUAUACUACCUUAUUUAACGUAUUUUCUAAUCAUUCCUUGAGUGUCAAUAUCAGAUGGAUGGCAAUCUUAUGUUUUAAAAAUGGAGUCGAUAAAUAUUGGCGAAAAAAUGCACCGAAUGCAAUUGCAGAGGAUGAGAAAGAAUUUCUUAGACAACGUUUAAUAUCGAAUUUUAAAGAACCUGUAAAUCAAUUAGCUGUACAAUUGGCAGCUCUUAUUGCUAAAAUUGCAAGAUUCGAUUGUCCUAGAGAAUGGGAUACAUUAAUUCCAACGUUACUCAAUGUUGUAAGAGGGCAGAAUCCCCUAGCCCAACAUCGGGCACUAUUAACACUGCGCUAUGUUAUUAAGGCUUUAGCUUCUAAAUGUUUGGCUGCAGAUAGACAACUCUUCCAGGAAUUAACCACUAAUAUGUUCAGUUUUAUUUUUAAUUUAUGGAAUACGUAUACUGAGUCUUUCUUCAUAUUGGUGUCGAACGGAGCAGAUACAAAUCAGAUACAAGAAGCUUUAGAGAAAGCGUUACUCUUACUGAGAAUACUUAGAAAACUCAUCAUACGCGGGAUUCAAACACCUUCUGAAUCUCAAGAUGUUAUGGUAUUCCUAGAAAACGUUUUCGAACGUGCAAAAACCUGCCUUGAGUGUCGAAAGACUCUAACCUCAAGGGGCAUACAACUGGAAGCAUGCGACAAAUUUAUAAUUCUCUUGAUCAAAGUCCUAAUAGGAGUUAGUGAAAUUCAUUGGGACUGCUACACUGACCUGAUACUGAACUCCUUAAAGUUCUCUGUUUACUAUUGUUUCACAGAAGCUGGUCAAAAUUUGGCUUUCGAGAGAUUCACUAUUCAAUGUUUAAAUUUAUUGAAACGUACAUUAAUUUUUCCACAAUCGAACUCUUUUUAUAAUAGAUUAGAAGAAUACACUAGAAGGAAUAGAAUGCAAUUAGUAAAAAUGCACCUAGUGUGCAAGUUAAGACAAGAAUUUUGUACUCCUGAAACAUUAACAGAAAUCUGUUCAAGACUCGUGACACAUUACUUCCUUUUAACUCCUGCUGAUUUGGAAUUAUGGGAUACAGAUCCAGAAAACUUUUUUGUCGAUGACUUUGGGGAAGCAUCAAAAUACAAUUUAAGGCUAUGUUCGGAGUCUGUAUUCUCCGACAUUUUCCGUCAAUUUCGUGACGUUCUUGCACCAGUUCUGGUUGACUUAAUGCAAAGACAUCAUCAACCAGUCGAUCCAAACAAUUUGCAUGCUAUUUUAUUGAAAGAUGCAGUGUACAAUGCUGUUGGUUUGACUGCUUUUUAUUUAUAUGAUGAGGUAAACUUUGAUCAGUGGUUCUUGACCACUUUAAAAGAAGAGCUAAAAAUUCGAAGUAACUAUUAUAAAAUUAUUAGAAGACGAGUAUGUUGGCUCAUUGGACAAUGGACAAGCAUCAAACUGAGCAGAGGAUUGAGACCAAAGGUAUACGAACUUAUGGUUGAAGUUUUAAGUCCAGACGAAGAUUUGGGUGUUCGUUUGGCAGCAAGUGACGCAUUGAAACUCGUGAUAGACGAUUUUCAAUUUAAUCCAGAAGAGUUCUCACCUUAUUUAGAGCCAGCAUGUUCAUUAUUGUUUUCUCUCUUGAGAGAAGUAAAUGAAUGUGAUACCAAGAUGCGUGUUUUAUAUGUGUUAUCCUUUAUGAUUGAACGGGUUGGCAGUGAAAUAAACCCAUACGUUGGCGUUCUCAGUUCGUACCUACCAGCUCUCUGGCAACAAUACGACGAACAUAAUAUGUUAAGAUGUGCUAUAAUCACGACUCUCAUACAUUUAGAAAAGGCAUUAGGUCCUGAAAGUGUUAUAUUACAACCACUGGUGGUGGGUAUUAUUGCAUUCAGUUGCGAUGUCAAUCAAGAUGAACAUGUUUAUCUGUUAGAAGACGGUUUGCGAUUGUGGUCAGCUUUAUUGGAAAAUGCACCUGCACCGACACCUGCCAUAAUGGGUUUGGCUAGGAAUUUAGCUGCAUUAUUAGAACAAUCUGGGGAAAAUUUAGAAUUAUGUUUGUAUAUAGUUCAGGCAUAUACAAUAUUAAGUCCACAAGAAUUUUUAAGUCAAUGGGGAGCAGUCAUAAUUGAAAGUCUUAGGUCAAUCAUGAGUGAUUUAAGAUCAGAAGGAAUAUCGAUGGUUCUUAUGGUAUUUGAAACAUUCCUGUACGCAGCAGCUCGGCAAGGUGCAGAGAUAAUUAAACCUGCUUUAAUAACUGUGUUUGAGAACGUAUAUAAGGAAGAGGACUCUAUACAAAUGAUGAUUGCGUGUUUAGUAAUCGUGGCAAGAGUUUUAUGGUUUUAUAAAGAUAUUUUUAUACAGGUAAUAAGUGAACUAACCAGAAAAAUAGGUGGAAACCAAACGAGAGAAGCAGUUCUUGGACAGAUAAUACGUGUAUGGGUUAAUCGAAUGCAACUGGAGUUCCUGCCAGAGAAACGCAAAUUAUUAGCUCUUGCGCUCUGUUCGCUUCUUGGAGCUAAUAGUCCUCCCAGUGUACUAGAACACUUUCCAAAAAUAAUAUCUAAUAUCGUGGAAACCCUUAACGAUGUGACUAAAUUUGAUAAUUCAGAAUAUGACUAUAUAGAAUCUGGUAUUGACUCAUUGACGAUUAGUGGACAAUCUAAUUUAACAGGAGAGGUGGAUGAAGAUUAUGGUAACGAACAUGAACAACGGAAAAGAAAAUUAGCCUUUGGCGAUGUGGUGUCCACAAUAUCUUUGAAAGAUACAUUACAAAAUCAGUUACUUACAUUGAAAAGUUUAGUUGGAGAUAACAAGUUCAAUCAAAUGAUGUCAACCCUUAACCCGGUAAUAGACGAACAACUGAAGUCUUAUAUAUUUCUAUGAGACGGAAAUAACUUGAAUUGAGAAAAGUACGAAUUGAUUCAGUCAAACCCUAUGCUACGUGUAAAAAAAAAGCUUUACAGCGCUCUACUGUAAAACGGCACUAUUUUAUUGUAUAAUAUUAGCUGUUUCACUGUACUAAUAAUGUUGAUAAUAAAAAAAAACUUACGUCAUUUCAA